CCCAACGGGAACGAGCUUGUCAGCGAGGCUGCGGAGGAUGCCGACCCCGCAGCGGGGACAAGCGCCGGGCGAGAUGCUCCUCGCCAACCACCGGUUACUUCCCGCAUCGACGCCGAAACCAUUACCACCUCCACCAUCAUCCUCCCCUUCCCAUCCUACCUCGGCGACUGCUACGACGACCACCCGGCACUCAUGAAGCCCCCGUUGUGGAAGAAGAAGCAGCCCAACCCUGCCAAAGUGAGGCGGAAAGAAGAGGCCCGCUGCGAGCACAGAGUAGAAUGUACUGGCGCGUCGGGUUCGCGUGGACGCGGUCGUGUGUGCUGGAUCUCGGCCUGAACGGGAGCUUCUCGGGGGGGCUGGACGAGCCGCUGUACGGGUACGGGUACAUCAUCGCCUGCCCCUUGCAGGACUACGGCGGGAUCAUGUCAGCUCUCGGCUCCGACUCGUGGUGGAGAAAAACGCUGUAUCUGACAGGAGGGGCUCUGCUGGCGGCCGCUGCUUACCUUCUGCAUGAGCUCCUCUACAUCAGGAAGGAGGAAGAGCUGGACUCUAAAGAUGCGAUCAUCCUCCACCAGUUCUCGAGGCCUCGGACUGGCGGCCCGUCCCUGUCCCCCUUCUGCCUCAAGAUGGAGACCUACCUGCGCAUGGUGGACCUGCCCUAUCAGAACUACUUUGACGGGAAGCUGUCGCCGCAGGGCAAGAUGCCGUGGAUCGAGUACAACCGGGAGCAGGUGUACGGCAACGAGUUCAUCAUCGACUUCCUGGAGGAGCGACUGGGCGUGGGCCUCAACAAGAACCUGAGCCCCCAGGAGGAGGCAGUGUCCCGGGCCGUCACCAAGAUGGUGGAGGAGCACUUCUACUGGACCAUCGCCUACUGCCAGUGGGUGGACAACCUGGAGGAGACCCAGAAGAUGCUGGCGGUGUGCGGGCCGCUAAGCGACCUGCUCCAGUGGAUCCUGAGUCACCUGACCGGCGGCAUCGUGCAGCGGGAGAUGUACGGCCACGGGAUUGGCCGCUUCUCAGAGGAGGAAGUGUACGCCCUAAUGGAGAAGGAUAUGCGCACGCUGGCCACCCUGCUGGGGGACAAGAAGUACCUUAUGGGCUCCCGGCCCUCCACGGUGGACGCAGCCGUCUUCAGUCACCUGGCCCCCGCCAUGUGGACACUCCCAGGGACCCGGCCUGAGCAGCUCAUCAAAGGCGAGCUCAUCAACCUGGCCAUGUACUGCGAGCGGAUCCGCAGACGCUUCUGGCCCGAGUGGUUCGUGGACCUGGAGGACCUCUGUUACCGUGACGACACGGACGACAGCGACACCGACCUGCCCGACCUGGGCCUGUACUCGCGCACGGACACCUUCCAGGACGACACGCACACGCACAUGCACACGCCGCACACGCACAUGCACACGCCGCCGCCGCCCGCACACACGCACGGCCACGGGCCGUGCUCGCGCGCACACACCGCCCCGCCGCUCGCUCCGUUCCUCGCCCCGCCGCCGGAGCUGCACUCUCCCGACAGCGACCGCACGGGACACUCGCUGUACGACUCGGACAUGGACACGGAGUGCUCCGAGAUGGAGCCGCUCAAGUGAUGCACGCACGCGCCCCGAGCACGCUGCCGCGACCGCCGCGAUAAAAAAAAAACCCUGCAAAGAAUCACGCGCGCGCACACUUUGGAAUCGGGAUUGUUUGACACACACGUGACUCCUCCUCCUGAUGUCUCUGAGGGGGAGAGGGAGGCUGUGGGGGCCCCCUAACCCCCUACGGGCGGGGGGGAGUGGACCAGAUGGAGGAGCCUAGAGGUUUGGGGGAUCCUCGAGGGGUAAGGUCUGCCUGUCGUUGUUUUUUGGGAGGGAUUGGAUACUCGGAGAAAAUGAAUACAACUGCGGAUGUCGACCAAAGAAAGCAGUGGCGGACGGUGCAGCAGAGGGCAGAUGAGAGGGGAAUGAGUAGAUGGGAAAUAAGAACUAGGGGACAACGGAAAUAUACAGGAGUACAUGAUGCCGUCGCUGAUACACUCCUCCCUACGGCCGGUAUCAUCUGCCAUCUCAACUGCCUACCUAUCUUUUAUUUUGCAGUCCCCAUGGCAACUUUAGUGUAAAUGCUGUUUGCUCCCAUCGUUAUCUGUACCUCAUAAAUCGUGUGUAUGUGUUUUGUUGAGGAAAUGUACCCCUCCCAAAUACGUGGAUAUUUGGGGUUAUGUACAGGAAUUAUAGGAAGAAAAAAUCAUUCCGCUGUCCAUACGAUUUGAAAUAGAGCUCCGAUAGAUAGAAUAACAAAUGAUAGAACAGCAUCAAAUAGUACCCAUUUGACGUCGUUUCCCCCUGCCGUCUGGUAGUGUUAGUACUGUACUUUAGUACGGCGGUACCGUCAUUGUAUAAUAUUUGACAUAAGCUCUCCCACCCCUUCCCCAGCCCUCGCAUAUCUUAAUUUCCUUUGUGUCUUUGCCGUUACCCAUCGUUCAAUCUCAAAGCAAUGACGGGGUGGUUAUCGCUGUGUCUAUGUUUCAUUAACACCUACCGAGAGGAAAGGGCGAACUCAUUUGACAAGCACCUUGCAAAAAAAAAAAAAAGAAGAAGAUAAUUACCCUGCGUUGUCAGCCGUCGGUUUCGUCGAACGCCAAGGUGCGAGUUACACGAGACGCUCCGAACAUAGUCCAGCCAUUCAGAGCGGGCGGAACAAUCAUGUAGAAAUAGAUUAGAUUUAAAGAUAUUACUGUAUACUCUGAGAGAGAUGGAGUGCAUGGCUGGUACGUGUACGCAAUCCCCCCCCCACACACACACACACACACGCACAGUUCGACAAGAGGUGAUAACAGCAAUAGAGUUCACGGAUAUGACGUAAUCGUAUGCAAAGUAAUAAGUAAUAAUAACAAGACGGCUGUUCCUUCCCCUGUGAGUAAAGCUCACCAGAAACGUCCUAGCAGCGCACAAACAGCGAUGGUACUGGACGAAUGCCACUGCUGGUGGUACGCAGCAGAUUGUGUGUCUUAUGCGUAUUUGUCGUUCAGCAAACGCGUGUAUAGCCGCCAUAGUAAGCGCACUGUGUUCAAGCUGUGAGUGCACAUGCCAUAAGCCAGGACUGGGACUGAAAGGUGCAUGGAUGAGUCAUACACAAACACACGCACACUCUUUUUCUCGCUCUCACACACACACACACACACGGACAUAUUCUCUCUCUCUCUUUCUCUUUCUCUUUCUCUCUCAAACUUACUCACAUAAAAGACUUUGCUAGACUUUAGUUUCUCAAACGUGAACAGACACACACACAAACAUAACCACAACCCAUCACACAACAUGACACAUUUUGUGCUAACUCAAACCAAUGCUAGCAGUCUGGCUUGGGAACUGCAGAGUGGUGACAUGUGCCUCUGGGAAAGUGAUUGCUACUUUAAUUGUGCUAAUACCACUGAUAAUAAUGCUUCUGAAUCACAGGUUUUUUUUAUUCAAAUGAAUAUUUAUGAACUGUACCAUUCAUGACAUUGAAACAGCUGAAAAUGAACAUGGUGAGCCAAGUGAUGUGUGUGUGUCUUUGUGUUUUUGUCUGUGUGUCUGUUUCACCAGUGAUUCCUUUAAAGAUAUUACACAGUGUGGAAACACCAUGUAGUCUUUGUGUCUUAAAGCAAUUUGCCUGCAUGCGCUCACUUUAUUUUCCUCACCUUUCGCACGCCUUUACUCAUCAAAGCCGUUCGCUAGCCAGACAGCUGUAGCCGCUUUCUCUGGGCCUGUGCCAGUAUUUUAACUGUGGUUUAAUAUUUAUUUUUGGUAUUGGAUAUCGUGUUUCUUUUUUUGGGUCUGGGUCUUUUCAACUUAUAAAUUUGUACUUGUUUUAUCAUUUUUGUGAUGGAGCUUUUAUUUUGUAUUUCAUAUCAUGCUGACUUACUGGUCAGUUGACGCUCUGUUACAUUGAAAAAUAUUUUUGUUAAAAGUCACCGUGUUGAGUUGGUGUAUAAUGAGUGCAUGUAUCCCUGUAUCGCGCUACCAUAUGGUACAACGUUAAACGUAAGGUUAAUAUAAUGCUGUAAAAACUGUCUGUAGAAUCCCCUAAAUCUGCUCUCGACACCUAAAAAAGAUUACCCUGGCACAAUAUUACAAACACAUUUCACUAGUUCACAAUUCUACAGUGGCAUUUCCACAGCCAUUGGCUAUACCUUCUCUGUAUAGUUCAAAUGAGCUGAUGAAGACCCCCUUCUCCCACAACUGUUGGCCUGUUCUGCCUUCUUAAUCUCCGCUCUUACCUCUUGUGUCUCCGUCACUGAAUAAGUUAAAAAAUAAUGACGUCCACUUUCCCAUUUCCACCAGACUCUCAGUUGGCUGUAGCCCGGGGUCCCAGGGCCGGGUGUGGUCUUCGUUGUGUCCCCUCCUUGUGGAGGUAUCUGCUUGUAGAAUCUAGAAGCCAUAUUACAUAUUGUCGGUUGUCGUUGUAGGUGUGUGUGGAAAAAAAAAAAACUAAGAAACCCCAUGUGGAUACACAUGAAUUUGUAAAUAAGCAGCCCAAAACACAAUAGAUAAAUUAACACAAAUAUAAGAGAUAUAUAUAGAUAUAAAAUAAAAAUAUAUUAAUGACCUGAAAAUACAAAGCUCUAACAUAAAUAAAUCUUCCUUUGAAUGUAUCAUAUCUGGAGUUGACAGGCUGUUAUAUUUCAUUAAAAAUAUAGCUGUGGAAUUUUA